CACAGUUUGCGCGCUCUCCGAUGUUCAUCAUGAGAGAGCAGGUGGAUGUGAUCUGCUGUAAAUCAGUAGGAACUGAUCUGUCCAUGCUGGAUAUUGAUGAUUUCAUCACAGAAAUCUCUCAGCUGAAGAAAGAGGUGACGUCACUGAAGACAAAACUGAAGGAGAGAGAACUAUAUUCAUCCUGCACCUGUUUUGAGCGAGUUAAAGUUGAGAUUGAGCUGGAAAAGGUUUCCUGUCAAUCUUCAGUGUGUGUGACUGAUGGGACCUCCACAGAAUGUCAGGAUUCAGUGUGGAGCGGCAGAGAUCAGUCCACACCACAGCAGCUGCUGGACAAACUCUCUGAACAGAGAUCCAGAGACACACAGGACUCACAGCUCACUUUACUCUGUUCUACUGAUGCUCAGGAGAGUGUGUGUGACAGUAAUCAGGGUGAUCAAACCUCCACAGAGUCUCUGACUUCUGUCUGUAACGCUGGAGAACAGCAGAUGCUGCAGACACCAGUGAAGAUUGAAGUGAUGCAAGAGGAGAUAAAAGAAGAAAACACAACAGAGGAACAACAGAGAGAUGAUGAAGAUGAUAAUGAUGAUGAACAACAGAUGUUGCAGACACCGGUGAAGAUUGAAGGGAUGCAAGAGGAGAUUAAAGAAGAAAACAUAACAGAGGAACAACAGAGUGAUGAAGAUGAUGAUGAACAGCAGAUGCUGCAGACAUCAGUGAAGAUGUGUUCAAUAAAGCUGCUGGACUGCAGGAACCUCAUGAGAGUAGAAACCACAACAGAGGAACAAGAGAGUGAUGAAGAUGAUGAUGAUUUUAUUCCCUCAGGGCUGAUGAAAGUGCAAGAGGAACCGAAUGAAAUGGAAGAGAAACUUCAGGAUCUGAAACGUCUUGAUUUAAUAACUGGAGAAAUAUCUUUAAGUGGCUCAAAGACUAAGAAGAAUUUCUCACCAAAAAAGCCUCAAAGAAGAGCAGCCAAAAAUAAUUUAACCUGCUCUCAAUGUGGAAAGAAUUUCGCAUUUAAAAGCCGGCUUAAUAUACACAUGAGAGUUCAUACAGGAGAAAAGCCUUACAUGUGCCAUCGGUGUGGAAAGAGAUUCACUGUGUCACAAAAACUGAAAAAACAUGAGAGAAUCCAUACUGGAGAAAAACCGUACAAGUGUUCACAAUGUGGAAAGAGUUUCGCUCAGUUAAACACCCUAAAAACACACAAGAGUAUUCAUACUGCAGAAAAACCUUACAAGUGUUCAUACUGUGUAAAGAGUUAUACUCUGUCACAACAACUGAAAAAACAUGAGAGAAUUCAUACUGGAGAAAAUCUUUACAAGUGCUCACACUGUGGAAAGUAUUUUACUCAGUCACAACUGAAAACACAUGAGAGAAUUCAUACUGGAGAGAAACCAUACAAGUGCUCACAUUGUGGAAAGGGAUUUAAUCAGUCACAACAACUCAAAUCACAUGAGAGAAUUCAUACUGGAGAAAAACCUUACAAGUGUUCACUCUGUGGAAAGAAUUUCACUCAUUCGCAAAACCUGAAAAUACACGAGCGAAGUCACACUGGAGAAAAACCAUACAAGUGCUCCCACUGCGGAAAGAGUUUCAUUCAGUCACACUGCCUGAAAUCACACAAGAGAAUUCAUACUGUAGAGAAACCUUUCAAGUGCUCACACUGUGGAAAGUGUUUUACUCAGUCACAACAACUCAAAUCACAUGAGAGAAUUCAUACUGGAGAGAAACCUUACAAUUGCUCACAUUGUGGAAAGUGUUUUACUCAGUCACAACAACUCAAAUCACAUGAGAGAAUUCAUACUGGAGAGAAACCUUACAAAUGUUCACACUGUGGAAAGAGUUUCACUCAGUCACACAGCUUGAAAACACACCAGAGAAUUCAUACUGUAUAGAUCCCAUACCACUACUUUUCAUGUGUGAAAAGUUUUAGUGCAGCAAGUAAUCUAUAUACACCUUUAAAAAUGUUUACCCAAGUAGUCACAGUGAGAAGACAACAUCUUCAUGUCCAACGAUAUUGUGUAAAUAGUUUGAAAUUCAGAUAAACCCAAAGAUUAAAUUUCUCCCAAAAGAGCUGCAUCAUCUAAAGCCCUAUUCUGUAGGUUUGGGAAAUUCUUGUUUCACAGAUGUACUUUGUGAUUUUAAUUCCAUCUGAAUCUGACAGGUCUCACUGACCCCGUUUACACCUGGUAUUAAGAUGCUAAUUUGGUACCACCCCUCACAUGUCAAUGAACCGCUGUGCUAAUCAAGAGAUUAAACUUUGUUGUUAUGAUCGGUUUUAAAGGAAAUAACGUUUGAUCGAAAGGGGAUACAUACAGAAACACUAGAACUUCACGGAUCUUCUGUGUGUCUGAAAUCAACAUGCAGGGGCACU